UUUUCCUAAUAGGGCCUGUGUUCCCUUCAGAGACUCACAGAAGUGGUUCACCACGUGAGGGACCUCGCUGUUUGGUUUCCUUCCUCCUGCUUGUCAUUUACAUUACACAUUGACAAAGUCAUGGGAACGGCUGCCGCACUCUGAGGGUGGAGACUGCUGUGAUUCACAAAGACAGGAGGUAAUUUUCCUGUAAUUACAAGAUGACUCAGGAUGGAUCAUGAAGCCGCCCGGCUGGAGAAGCAGCACGUGCAUGAUGUGUACAAGAGCACUGCCCCCUAUUUCAGCGACCUGCAGAGCAAGGCCUGGCCUCGUGUCCGCCAGUUCCUCCAGGAGCAGAAGCCGGGCAGCCUCAUCGCUGACAUAGGUUGUGGAACUGGAAAGUAUCUUAAAGUGAACAGCCAGGUACAUACCCUGGGCUGUGACUACUGUGGGCCAUUGGUAGAGAUUGCCCGGAAUAGAGGAUGUGAAGUCAUGGUAUGUGACAACCUUAAUCUCCCCUUUAGGGAUCAGGGCUUCGAUGCCAUCAUCUCCAUAGGAGUCAUACAUCACUUUUCUACAAAACAAAGAAGAAUCAGAGCAAUAAAAGAAAUGGCCAGGGUCUUGGUUCCCGGAGGCCAGAUGAUGAUUUAUGUUUGGGCAAUGGAACAAAAGAACCGUCACUUUGAGAAGCAAGAUGUGCUUGUCCCAUGGAACAGGGCCUUGUGUUCCCAGCUCUUCUCAGAAUCCAGCCAGUCUGGGAGGAAGAGGCAGUGCAGACAUCCGAAAACAAGCCAUCUCUCCCAUCCACCUUGCUCUGAGUGUAGCUGUUCUGUUUGUUUUAAAGAGCAGUGUGGUUCACAGCGGUCCCACAGCGUGGACUAUGAACCUGCUAUGGCUGGAACCUGUUGCACAAAUAUUGCCAAGGAAGGUGAGGAAGACUAUGGAUUCUAUAACACGUUAGGAAAAUCUGUUCGUUCCUGGUUUUUCUCCCGAUCUUUGGAUGAAUCAACUCUGAGGAAGCAAAUUGAGACAGUGAAACCCUUGAAAAACCCAGAAGGUUGGACUGACAGUGCUAUAUCAGUCCAGCCUUCCAGACGUUCUAGUUUAGACUUUGAUUGCCAAGAGCCAUUUUCAACAAAAGAGCAAAACUUAGAUGAUGAAGUGUUUCUGGAAACUUCUUCUCGAAAACACUUGGAGUGGCUGAGAGCACCAGGCACUUUGAAGCAUCUCAAUGGAGACCAUCAAGGAGAAAUUAGGAGAAAUGGUGGGGGGAAUUUUCUAGAUGGCAUGAAUACCAAGGAGGAUUGCAUGGAUGUGGGUAACUUAGAAGAAGGUAACCCUUCUGCUAGUAAAAUAUUGAGAAGGAUUUCUGCAGUCGAUUGCACUGAUUCCAACCCAGAUGACACAAUUUCUGUCGAAGAACAGCCUGACAUUUCGGAUUCCAGAGCCUUUAUGCGCUACUACCACGUGUUUCGAGAAGGUGAGCUGUGCGGCCUCCUGCAGGAGAACGUGUCAGAGCUGCAUGUUCUGAGCUCGGGGAAUGAUCAUGGCAACUGGUGCAUCAUUGCAGAGAAAAAAGAAAAUUGUGAUUGAUUGGAUCAUUUCAGACAAUUUUUCACUAAGUUUGAUGGGAUUAUCUGAACUUGGAUCUGAUUUUAUUAUUUUUUAAUCCCUUUAUGCUUUGGUCUGUAGAGACUAUGAAUUGAUCAUCUUUUUAAUCUUUGGGUAAGCCCAGAGCCUGGCACCUAAAGCACUUGACAAAGAGUAUUUGUGUUUAAAUGUUAAUGUAAAAGAUCUGAAGAAGCAAUAGAAAACGUACUUCGGUACAGUUUGGAUUUAUUUUCUCCCUGAAAGAUGAAAUUCUUAUAAGUAUACAUGUAUAUUAUUUUUCAGUAUUAUACAUUGAUUUUAAAAGGUUCUGUUGUUAAAUAUAUCUUUUAAAACAGUAUUUUUUUAUAAAGUAAGAGGGUAAUUUCUGGUUCUCAGGUUAUAAUUUAGAUCUGCGUGCAAGAUAACAGGUAAAUCUAUUCCACUGCACAGAUACAUACUGAACCACUGGAUAAGUCGUUUUGUUGCCAAGUCUGGUUUCUACUUAAAGUCUUCAGAAACGUGAGUGAUGGUCGAGAGAGACAAGUGCUACAAGGGCUUCUCUAAGUUAUAAGCCAACUUGCUUUCAGGAUAAGCACGUGUUGUGUUCAGUGUGGCUCAGAUGGUCUGUGAAGGCACUGUAGAGAGUGCAGUAUCCAAGUGGUAUUUUUCCAGCCUUAUUAGAAACUUGAAUAUUUAGUCAGUUAAAAUAAGACAAAGAAUGGCUAAUGAGUUUUCAUCUAGAAUUAUGCUUUUCUUAUGAAUUGAAGGAGUAUUUAGGAAAGAGAAUCUGUUCAAAGCACUGUUUUAUUUUGGCUCUGAGGAUAAAUAUGAGGGGUACUCAAAAAGUUCAUGGA